AUGGAAGACUUUCAGCUCAGUGACACGAUAACGCUCAAGACAAACGACCACAUUUACACAAUUCGGUACCGAAUUCUCGGAAAGCCAGGAGGUCAUCCUCUUAUCUUCGUUCACGGCACCCCAUGGUCGUCAAAAGUGUGGGCUCCUUAUGCACAGGCUUUUGCCUCGACUUUUCGAGUCUACCUCUUCGACAAUCCCGGAUAUGGAGAAUCUCCUGGCGGCAAGCCGACUUCAGACCCUGAAGGUGAACCGAUUGUUUCCCUGGCAGGCCAAGCAGAGGCUUUUGCCGCCCUAGUCAACGCAUGGGAUCUGACCGAGCCGCCACAUGUCGUAGUGCAUGACUUUGGUGGUAUCAUAUCUCUGAGGGCACAUCUUUGCCAUGGUAUCCAGUACGCGAGCUUGUGUAUGGUCGACCCGCUGGCAGUUAGCCCCUUUGGCUCCCCUCUUUUCCGUCUGGUAGCAACGAACGCGGCGGUCUUCAACAACCUGCCAAGUCACUUAUCGGAAGACUUGGUCCGUUCAUACAUUCGGGAAGCAGCCUUCAUACCAUUGAGCCAGUCGAUCGAAGAUAUGCUCGUUAAGCCGUGGACAGUCGAUGGUCUUCAAGGGAUGGCGGGAUACACCCGGCAGGUGAGGCAGGCAGAUCAGCGGGACAUUGAAGAGGUAGAACAAAGAUAUCACGAAGUAGGUAAGGCAAUGCCUGUCAAGAUCAUCUGGGGAAAAAACGACGUUUGGAUCCCUAUGAGCGCGGCCAAGCAACUUGCACAAAUGAUUGGAACCGAGGAGGUGGCUAUUGUUGAGAACGCUGGGCAUCUGAUCCAUUACGAUCAGCCUGUACGGCUGGCCGUGGAACUCAGUAUGUGGCUUGAGAAGGUCCAAAAGAACGGGUGA